CUCGUCUUCGAGACGGUACUUCUAACCACCGGAACCCGCCCCCCGGUCCCCAACUCUUGCCCGUCCGGAACUUCUUUUCCACGAGCGCAUUUGUGACGGCGGCGGUGAACAAUGACUACAACGGCGGCCCCCUCGCAUCAGAGCCAUUCCAUCACACCCAAUGAUCUCGAGCUUCUCGACCUCAUCUCUUCGCUACCCACGCGCUCCUCCGCAGCGUCCCCGUCGACGUCGUAUGGCUCCCUGCAUGGCGAUGGACCAGCCAAGAAGCGGCCGCUGGCCACGCUCCAGGCUCUCCGAAGGCCGCCGAUAGAUCCGAUCGUCCUCGCGGCGAGCUUAUCGUCCGGUCCGCAUGUGACGAGGCACCACUUCCACCACUCCUUUGGAGGAAAGGUGGGAAGCAAGCAGAUGAGGAGGAGCGAACGCGAGGAGCAGCAGAAACAGGAGGAGCAGGAUGCACUGAGAAGGGCGCAGAAGCCACCGGCGAGGCAUCGGGCAGGCUCGUACGCCAACUGUGACGUCGAGGGCGAGCACGAGGAAGCGACAAGGGAUCUUCACGAGGCCGUGUAUUCUCAGAUGGCCCGACCGAGCAAGCAGAUGCCUAGAAGCGAAAGGCUAAGGCUGGAGAAAGAGGCCAAAGAGCAGGCAGAGAGGGCAAAGGCGGCCCAUGAUCGGGCAGUACGGGAAAAAGAGCAAGCUCAUGAUAAGCAGGCUGGUAAAGCCUCAGAGCGUCCAAAGCUCUCGCGCGAGCCUACAGCGCAGAUCGAAGAAGAGCUACACCAGCGCAAAGAAGCUCUACGGUCGCGCCAAGCAUCAUCUACUGUACAGAACGCUUCGCUGGUAGAGACCGGAGGCGCCGUCGGUGCCAAUCUGCACGAUGCUGGUGCGUUGUCCACCCCUGCCGCCAUGCCUUCUAUCGUGCGACCACCGCCAUUGCACGUCCGUUGCUACGCAAGGACAAGGAUUCCCACGCCACACGGAGAGAUCUUAUGUCACCUUUACCGGAAUAACCGAGACAGUAAGGAGCAUCUUGCGUUCGUCGUCGACCCGGCACAGAACGAAGUUGGUGGAGACUGGGAGCGGGGUGGAGAGGUCUCGUCGAGGCAUAUCCGGAGCAAGACCUUGGACGAGGUCUGGGGCCCCCAAGAGACAGAGAUGGAGCGCAUCGUCCGCGGGGCCUACGUGGGUAGGCUCGGACCAACGUUUCAGAAGGCGAGCGAACCACAAGCUCGGCAUAAGGCUCCUUCACCUGGACCAGGAGAAGUCGAGCCUCCGCUAGUGAGGAUCCACUCCGAAUGCUUUACGGGCGAGACGAUUGGAUCGCAGCGGUGUGACUGCGGAGAGCAGCUCGACGAGGCUAUCCGGCUCAUCCAUGCCACUUCUCCUACUAGAGGAGUGGUAGUGUACUUAAGACAGGAAGGAAGAGGCAUUGGACUGCUCGACAAGCUGAUGGCGUACAAUCUUCAAGACAUGGGACACGAUACUGUCAGCGCAAACAUUCUGCUGGGACACCUUGCCGAUGCCAGGCGCUACGACAUUGCAGCCGAAAUCCUUCGCGAUCUGGGCGUCAAUGACUGCAAGCUGCUGACCAACAAUCCUGAGAAGAUGGAGUCGCUCGAGCGUGAAGGCGUGCACGUUCGUUCAAGGGUAGCUAUGGUGCCUCGCGUCUGGCGAGUCGGCCACCACCACGGCCGAUCCCGACGAAGGACAAAGGGAAAAAGGUCGAAGCUGCCGUCUUCCAACCUCGCAUCGAGCGUCAUGUCUCAACUCAGCAACCACCACUCGGACGGCGAGGGGAAUCACGAAGGCGAAGUCUCCGACGAUGGUUCCGAAUCCGACUCGUCGAGGGAUUCAUACGUGGACCAUAUCAUGCGAAGGUCUGGCGCGACAAUGUUGGGCGGCAGUGUAACGAGGGGACCGGAGCUGGAAAAAUACCUUCGCACAAAGGUGGAGCGCAUGGGCCACAUGCUCGAUCUGCCUUCAGCCGCCUCCCCGGCCGAAGCGGAGGGGCAGCUGAAGGGGAAGCCCAAGACCAUCCUCCACGCCGCCGACUCUGGGCAAGAAGACGAGGAGUCUGCAUCGUUGAUGGGGGAAAGCGAGCUUAGGCAAUUUACUACGGACGACCAUCAUACAGCCGACGAAGGCGAUGAAGACGAGAUUUUGAUUCACCACCACCACCACCAUCCUCAUCAUCAUUAGAGUGUGUUGCUAGCAGCAUGUGCUUUCCAACCUCAAUUGCAUCCCUUGUCUGGUCUCAUGCAGCCAUUGCUAGAUCAGCGCAGCCCCAAGAUCUUGCUCGGGCACCCUGCCUGGGGACUUGCGUGGAGAAUUGGGCAGACUGAGCUGUAUUCCCCGCAAUGUCCGUUCAGCUCAGCUUUGAGUGUUCCAACAGAAGCCCGAUCCGUAGAUGAAGAUGCAUGCCAGCCUUUCAGAUUCUGUCAACUCGUAUUCGC